AUGGCUGUGUCGAAUCAAAAGCUUAUUCUAUUGACUGGUGCCACGGGGUUCAUCGGGUUUCAAACACUGUUGGAUGCCCUCAAAGCCGGAUUUCGAGUACGAUGUGCAGUCCGCAGUGAAGAGAGGGGAAAUGUUCUCUUGUCCAAACCAGCAUUGCAAUCACUACAGCAAGACAGCCAUGAGUCACCGGUGGAGAUUGUUGUCGUGCCAGACCUGGCCGCUCCAGGUGCCUUCAAUGAAGCUAUUCUCGGCGCAAGCUACGUGAUCCAUGCCGCAUCCCCACUCCGAUCUACUCAGCCGGACGGCGACCUAGAAGCGGAGUUCGUGGGCCCUGCCAAACGGGCUACGCUCGAGAUCCUCGAAGCUGCUGCCAACAUCGCCUCUGUCGAGCGCGUGGUUAUAACCAGCUCGGUUGCGGCGUUGAUAUCACCCACGGCCUUUACGGGGUUGAACCCUCAAGACCCGGACCACCCCUUUACUUCGAGCAGUCGUGUGCCGUUAAUGAAACCGCCCUUUGCUCAUCCGAGCAUCGCCUAUAUGGCCUCUAAGAUAGCAUCUCUGGAACUUACUGAGACCUGGGCGAAAGAGACUAAUCCUAGGUUCGGCAUCGUCAACAUCCAUCCGUCAUGGGUGCUAGGCCCGGCUGCAUGGGCCGGUGAGGAAUCUCAGGUGUUAUUGGACACAAGCAAUGGACUUGUACUCAGGACGAUUGUACAAGGCAUCAAGUCCCCGUAUCCCCACAUGGCGGGUGCUGUUGUAGAUGUUCGCGACGUCGCCCGUCUCCAUAUCCAGUCAUUGCAGCAGACAAAUAUCGUUGAGGCAGGGGGUUGUCGCAGUUUCAUUGCCAGUACUCCUGGGAAGUGGGAGGAUAUUCCAGGGAUUAUCCGGAAGAAUUUUGUUCAGGAGCUUCAAACCAACUCGAAACGUCUUACUGUUCUGGGUGAACAGACGUCGAUUCCACUUGCCAUCGAUUCGUCUGAUACCGAGCUCUCCUUUGGAUGGAAGUUCACGGACUUGGAGCAUAUGAUCACCGAUCUCAUCUCGCAGUAUAUUGAGCUGAAGUGA